GCAAGAGAGGUGACAACGAAUGCUGCGCACUGUGGAUUCGUCUAUCCCACCACCACCUUCCAGAAAGACAUAUGACACACGCAGCAAAAAUAACAACAAAAAAUCAAAAAAUCCCAACAGUCGGUCGGUUUCGUUCGACGAUCGAGCGCCAAAUUUUUCAACCGCUGCAACACGCGCCAACCCAAAGGUUCAGCAUUCGCCGAGGCAAGCUUGAAGCGACCAAACAGGUUCAUCGAUCGCGGCUCGUCUUCUCGAUAUAAAUUAUCGGCCUGCACUGAAUUCGGCUUAGUACCGCGUUGUUUGUCCAGCUGUCCUGUGUGUGUUUCAGUGUAACCAAAGAGAGUGAGGGACAGGUUAAGAUCCCGGAGUUCGCCUUUCGUACGAAACCUUGCCGAGUGCAUCACAAGAUCAAGUGCAAGUGUUGCAGCUGUGCAAGUGUGUUGUGUGUAUGUGCGGAAAAGGAUGGCAGACGUGUUACACAAAAUUUACGAUGGAUUCGACCAAUUCAUCCAGGAGCAUCGAGACGUUCGCAGCCGCGAUUUUCCGCUGAUCGAUUCCUCAUGGCAGGUUCCGGCGAUCGUUGGGAUGUACCUGUGGGUGGUGCUACAAUUUGGCCCUCGCUUUAUGGAAAACCGGAAGCCGUACGAUUUGAAGAAAUUCAUUCGCGCGUACAAUAUCGUGCAGAUCGUAGCGAACAGUGCCUUUUUCCUGAUCGAGAUCUACCUGCUUGCGCAACGACCGAACUUUUCCUACUCCUGCCAACCGGUGGACUUUUCUACAACCCAAGCGGCAUAUGAAGAGUUGUACAUGUCCUAUGCAUACUUUCUACUGAAGGUUCUCGAUAUGGCUGACACGUUGUUCUUUGUUCUGCGCAAAAAGCAAUCCCAUGUGUCCUUCCUGCAUGUGUAUCAUCACGCCAUUAUGGUAGCGAUGACCUAUAUCGGAGUUCUCUUCGUUCCAGGUGGCCACAUUUUCCUGCUCGGUCUGUGGAACACCCUGGUACAUGCCGUGAUGUACUUCUACUACUAUCUGUCCUCGUUCGGUUCCGAGUGGGCUGCUCGGUUCAAGAAAUACCUCACCCGAAUGCAACUGGUGCAGUUCAUCCAUCUGGGCAUUCACUUUGGCCGGCCGGCUCUCCUGGGCACCGACUGUGGCUUCCCAAAACUGUGGCACUGGAUCGGCUUCGGCCAGGCAAUCUUCAUCUGUGCCAUGUUUGUUGAUUUUUACAUCAAAUCGUACGUCCGGAAGCAGAAGAAGCAUUCUUAGGUGGAAAAAGAGAGGAAAGCAAUUCGCCCCCAUCAGCAUGUGAUGAGGGUUCAAUGAUGCAAAUAAUUAGUUCUUAGAAAGGCCACGAUGCGAUCAGUUCUAUGAAUUGAGUCACACUGACUGCAAAUACCAUUAAGACGUGUCAUACAAAUGCUGUUGGUAGGUAAGGAUUGUCUUGGGACAAACCGUGUACACUAUAGAAUAGCAAAUUGAAUAAAAUCUCAAAAGAUUCCUUAUACAUCAUAUGA